AUGGACACAGACCUGGGCGUGAGGGCGGGAGACAGAACAGGGCAGGACCUGGAGAGGAAGAGUCCGGGCCCUUUGCUGGAGGCGGAGCAGCCCUGCGAGAGUCGGGACGUGGCCGGCGGGGGGGACGCGGCUCUGGAUGUUGCGGCGGCGACCAGGACCGCGGAGCCCGAUGUGCACGGCAGGCGGGAAGGCCAGGCCGGCGGCCUCGGGGAGGAAGGCGUGCGCGAGGAGCCGGGGGACACGGAGGCGCGCGUGGGUCUGAACCGCGCUGCCCUGUGCCCGCGGGCUCCCGGCCCCCAGACCAUGACCACGGCCCAGAACGGCCACGGGCGCGGAGCUGCGGUCCCCGGCCCCAUCUCUGAUCCCAAAGACCCCGGCAUGGUGACCUACCCGGCGUGUCGCCGGGAGGCGCGGCUCAGCACGGCCCGCCUCCUGCGCCUCUUCUCCGCCGGCGCGAACAGGACGCGCGCCGACCCCGAGCGGCCCCGGCCCGCCGGCCUCGUGGGCAGCUCCUCCACGUGGAACGCCCUGGCCUCCUUCCGGAAAAUGGGGUCUUUCAAAAAACUGAAGACCUCGGUCCUCCAGGGAAUUCAGAACCGGGAGGGAUGGGACGCCGCCAAAGGGGGGGCCGAGGAACGCGACCUGGGCAAGGCGGUCCCCAACGGCGCGGCGGCUGGAGCUCCCGCGGGCAGGUGCCCCCCGGGGCCGGGCUUCGCGUCCGACGGCUCGGACCCCGAGGAACCCGACGACGGCUUCGCACGCGGCGCUCUCCGGUCCCGCAGCAUCCGCCGCGCCUACGGCCUGGGGCGCAUUCGCCUCCUGGACCCGGAGCCGUCCGCCCCGGAGCCCGCGGCGCGCGAGCCCGCGGCGCGGGAGCCCGAGAGGAACGGCGUCUGCAGGCGGAGCAAGAGUACGGACAGCCUGACCUUCCUCAAGAAGAGCUCCUUCCGGAGGAAGUCGGCCUCGCACGUGGCCGAGCUGCGGCGCGCGCCCGAGAGCGGGGCCCCGCGGAGGACGCUGAGCGGCUCGUCCGCGGACUCUGACAGCUCCGGCGGGGCCCCCGCGAGGCCCAGGCGCUGCAGGAGCCCGCUGCGGGCCCCGGACCGGGCCCGGGUGCUGCGGCUCGUGGGUGACGGCGCGGCCGGCCGGCCGGGGGGCCCUGGGGGCGCCACGCCCGGGCCGCGGCCGCACAGCCGGCUGCACGACGACUACUCCCGCCGCGCGGUCGCCGGCCCCGAGCGCGGGCGAAGGGGCGAGGAGCCCCAGGACUCCGGCCUGGUGGGUGCUGGGGGCUCGGCCAGUGACGCGGCUGCCGGAGGUGCCGUUCCUCGCUCCCCCGGCUCUUCCUCCAGGCCCCCGGCCCGGGAGGUGUCGGACAGAGGCUCCAAGGAACCGGGCCCUGGCGACCGGUCUCCCGUGGAGCCCGAGCCUCCUCUCGGUCCUCUGAGGCCCACCACGCCCAAGCCCCCCAGCCCUCGGAGCCCCGACGCAGCAUCUGCCAAGUGUCCCAACAGCAUCAGCGCGCUGUCCCUGAGUCCAGUGGACAGCGAGGAAAGGGCAGAGGGGCCCGUCCAGAGGGAGCAAGGCCCCGGGUCCCUCCAGGAUGCGGUGCAAACCGCCUGUGACCUGGGCAGUGAGAACAGCGGCGCCGGCAACCACCCGCAGCAGAGCCUCGGGGGGACGAACUGUCCAGAAGAAAAGACGGACGAGGUAAGGGUUGUGACCGAGGGGUCCUGGAGGCGGACCUCCGCACCAGAGGAAGAGAGGCCGGAGGCUCAGAGGGUCCCCAGGAGGAGAUGCGGACCCGGGAGGAGGUCAAGGCCCCGACCACUCUCUGACUACGGCCAGCCGGUCAGCCUAAGUGUGUCCAUCCCUGAAGACGCGAUCGCCGUAGACCCCCAGAAAGAGGACACAGAGGACGGUGACCACCAGCCCAGCAGGGCCCCCAUCGACCCUGCAGACCAGACCCCUGCUGGGGGCUGCCCCCGGGGGGCGCCGAGAAGACGCCCCAUCUCCGUGAUCGGCGGGGUCGGCUUCUAUGGGAGCAGCCAGGCAGAGGAGGGGGAGGCCAUUCUGCCCCAACCAGCUGCCCGGCCGCCCGUGCCCGCGCACCAGGUGCCGCCCUACCGCGCGGUGUCGGCCCGGCUGCGGCCGUGCGCCUUCUCCCAGAGCACCCCCAUCGGGCUGGACCGCGUGGGACGCCGGCGGCUCAUGAGAGCAUCCAACAUUUCUUCUGAUGGCGGUGCGGAGUCAUCUGCCCUAGCGGAUGACAAUGGCAGCGAGGAGGACUACAGCUAUGAAGACCUCUGUCGGGCCAACCCCCGGUACCUGCAGCCGGGCGGGGAGCAGCUGGCCAUCAACGAGCUGAUCAGCGAUGGCAGCGUGGUCUGCGCCGAGGCCCUGUGGGACCACGUGACCAUGGACGAGCAGGAGCUGGGCUUCAAGGCCGGGGACGUCAUCCAGGUCCUGGAAGCCUCCCACAAGGACUGGUGGUGGGGCCGCAGCGCGGACAGGGAGGCCUGGUUCCCCGCCAGCUUCGUCCGACUGCGGGUCAACCAGGAGGAGCUGGCGGAGGGCUCCAGCGGCACCGCGGGCGAGGAGCCGGCGGAGGACGCGGGCCGGGGCCGCCACAAGCACCCCGAGAGCAAGCAGCAGAUGCGGACCAACGUCAUCCAGGAGAUCAUGGACACCGAGCGGGUGUACAUCAAGCACCUCCGGGACAUCUGCGAGGGCUACAUUCGACAGUGUCGCAAGCACACCGCGAUGUUCACGGUCGCACAGCUCGCCACCAUUUUUGGAAACAUUGAAGAUAUUUACAAAUUCCAAAGAAAGUUCCUGAAAGACCUUGAGAAACAGAACAAUCAAGAGGAACCUCACCUGAGUGAAAUAGGGUCCUGCUUUCUUGAACAUCAAGAAGGCUUCGCCAUCUACUCCGAGUACUGCAACAACCACCCGGGCGCCUGCGCCGAGCUGGCGGGCCUGAUGAAGCAGGGCCGCUACCGACAUUUCUUCGAGGCCUGCCGCCUGCUGCAGCAGAUGAUCGACAUCGCCAUUGACGGCUUCCUGCUGCCCCCCGUGCAGAAGAUCUGCAACGAUUACAGGAACAUAAAGGCAGCGUACGAGGCCAUGAAGAACGUCGCCUGUUUGAUCAAUGAGCGAAAACGCAAGCUGGAAAGCAUAGACAAGAUAGCACGGUGGCAGGUGUCCAUCGUGGGCUGGGAGGGCCAGGACAUCCUCGAGCGCAGCUCGGAGCUGAUCCACUCCGGGGAGCUGACCAGGGUCACCCGGCAGGGCAAGAGCCAGCAGCGGAUGUUCUUCCUGUUUGACCACCAGCUGGUGGCCUGCAAGAAAGACCUGCUGCGGAGGGACGUGCUCUACUACCGUGGUAGCACAGACAUGGACGCCGUGGAACUAGUGGACCUGGAGGACGGCCGCGACGGUGCCCGCACCCUCGGCGUCAGAAACGCCUUCAAGCUGGUCAGCAGGACGGGUGACGAGGCGCACCUGUUCUGUGCCAAGAAGCCUGAGGACAAGGCGCGGUGGCUGCAGGCCUGCAGGGACGAGCGCAGGCGGGUGCAGGAGGACCGGGCGAUGGGAAUGGAAAUUUCAGAAAAUCAGAAGAAACUUGCCAUGUUAAAUGCUCAAAAGGCAGGACAUGGAAAGUCAAAAGGCUACGGCGGAGGAUGCCCCUCGGCCCCCCCGCUCCAGAGCCUGCGGCCGGUCCACCAGCGCCACGUCACCGUGCCCGCCAGCCUGCCGCAACAGCAGGUGUUCGCCCUGGCGGAGCCCAAGAGGAAGCCGUCGCUGUUCUGGCACACCUUCAACAAGCUCACCCCCUUCAGGAAGUGA